UGCAAAGAUGUGAUGGACACGCUCAUCCUGAAAAUUGCAGAACUGAACAGAUUGACCUUGGAGAACAAGGAGGGCUCAGGCUCGGAUGCCGAGUUGGAUGAUGCUGUCUCUGGACCAGGGGCUUUGGAGCCCGGGAUCCUGCCGCUGGUGCUGGAGCAGGUGCGAGUGGUGGACACGGAUGGAAACUUGAAAGUGCUUUAUCCUUCUAAAACUGACCUGGCCACAGUGUCCUCCCUGCUGACUGUGAUCCGUUAGCAGCUGUCUGAGCUGAGGAGAGGACUCUGUGUUCUUUUUGGUUUUUCCCCACGUUCGACAGCCCGUGCACCCCAGGGGGCUGGGGUUUCUAAAGACAAGAUGCAGAGCAUCCUGCUGGGGAGGCAACAGCUUCAGAGUCUGAGGAGCUGCAGCAAAGAGAAAUGAAAUCUUUCAGCCUUAACAGAGAUCGUUGGUGUUGGGACGGGGCAGGGAGAGCAGCGUCUUCCAACGUGGACUUAUGGCCGAGGAGGCGUCAGACAUCAGAGAGCAGCAACUUGUAAAGAAAAUCAUCAUGAUAUUUGAAACAAAUGCAGCCCAAAUUUUCUGCAAGAUCCCUUUUUCUUCCUGGCGUGUUUCGUCUGGAUCAUUGUUUUGGCAGCAGAGAAAUGCAGUAGGUGACAGUGUGGAGCAGGGGUCCUGUGAUGGGUACAAUUCA